AUGGUUGAGAUUCAUGAGGAAAGUACUACUCGUCAUGAUGGUUCCUCACCACCAUCCAGUAGUUCACCUUCUGGCGACAGUCCAUCAGCGACGCAUUCUUACGUGCGAGGACAGUCAACAUUAGCAGAUUUCUUGAAAUCCCGUCAAACAGAUGUUAUUCUUUUCUUGACAAGAAUUAUAACUGUCUUAUGUACGUCAUAUUUUAUUUUACCGUUCGGUGCUCGAAGUUCUCAAUACUCAGCUUAUUCAAAAGCUUUCGCAGCUGCUGCUGCUACAAAUGCUCUUCGCGUACAUCAACGUGUUGGAGGACUGCGUUUCACUCGGGAGUUCUUGUCCAUGGUACUUCUGGAAGAUUCGUGCCACUAUCUUAUUUACUCCGUCUUGUUUAUAACUUCAGUUCCAGUUACUAUGGCACUUAUGCCAAUAUUUUUAUAUGGAUUGUUGCAUGCCAUCAAUUUCAUCACUCAGAUAUGUUAUGCACUAGGAAAAGCAACGAAUGUGGCUAACAAAAUGUCUGAGCUAACACGGCAACAUACGCAGAAUCUUCUGGGAAUUAUUGCAUGUUCUGAAAUCUUUUUAAUGCCAAUGCUUGUUGCCAUGGUAUUCAUGGGUAAGACUUCGUUCUUUCUGCCAUUCAUAUAUUACCGAUUUAUAAUGUUGCGUUAUGUAUCUCGCAGGAAUCAUUCUACAAAAUUGGUUUUCUACCAGCUUCGUGCUUCUCUUGAGCAAGCUGUGUCGAGUCCUAAUUGUCCACAGAUGAUCCGUAAUACAGUUCAUUCCAUUAUCAGUAUAGCUUGCCGACUAUGUCCUACAUCAGUUCAAUAA